GCAGUAGAUAUAUAGCUAUGCAUGCAUCCCUAGCUAGUGGACAAAUUGACAUAUGUUUGAUUCAUGAGGUAUCUUUUAAUUUGCACGGGCCUCAUGGUGUUUUGAGUCAUCUGAAAUACCUGAUUGAGACAAAGGGUUCGGCUGUUAUUUGUGUCGCAGAGGGAGCACGGCAGGUGAGUUACAAUUUUAUUCAGAAAACUAAUGCUAAAGAUGCGUUUGGGAACAUUGUAUUUGGAGAUUUCGGUGUCCACAUUCAACAAGAGGUUGGUGGUUGUAUUUUGACUAAUUUCAUGUGGUCUUCAUCUCUCCAUGACUCUUGAGACAAGUUAAGUGGGUUGAUAAAUAAUGAGCUGACUGAAAGUCUAAUUUUUAACAUCAAUUGAUAUGUGUUGCAUGGAUAAGAAUGGA